GUAUUGUUGAUCGAUUUUCUUCGCGAGCUCUCCUUUUGUCAAAAAACAGUGACCGCGACGACGGACGAGAGAAGACGACGACGAUCGAAUCGAAAAAAAGAAAUCCGGUUCGGCUAGAAAACCAUCAAUCAUGGCUUCGCUUCUGAAGGUGACCAACAGCCUCCGGGUGUACGGAAAGGGAACACAGCUGAUUCAGCGUCUGAAAUCUUCGAAUGCCGCUGAUUUCCGUGCCGCUUUGGUCAAUGUUCCCCCGACUGAGGUGACCCUGCUGGACAGUGGACUGCGCGUAGCCAGCGAGGAUUCCGGAUCGCAGACGGCCACCGUCGGUCUGUGGAUCGAUGCCGGAUCGCGUUACGAGGACAGCCGUAACAAUGGCGUUGCUCACUUCCUGGAGCAUAUGGCUUUCAAGGGAACGGCCAAGCGUUCCCAGACCGACCUGGAACUGGAAGUCGAAAACAUGGGAGCUCACCUGAAUGCGUAUACUUCCCGCGAACAGACCGUGUUCUACGCCAAGUGUCUGUCCAAGGAUGUUCCGAAGGCGGUGGAAGUCUUGUCGGACAUCAUUCAGAACUCCAAGCUGGGAGAAGCCGAAAUCGAACGUGAGCGCGGUGUCAUUCUGCGUGAGAUGCAGGAAGUAGAGAGCAACCUGCAGGAGGUUGUCUUCGAUCACCUGCACGCCACCGCUUACCAGGGAACUCCACUGGGCAACACCAUCCUGGGCCCGACCAAGAACAUCCAGUCGAUUGGCAAAUCGGAUCUGCAGGCCUACAUCGAUUCGCACUACAAGGCUCCACGCAUCGUGCUGGCCGCUGCCGGUGGUGUCAAGCACAACGACCUGGUCAAGCUGGCUUCGUCCAAUCUGGGCAAGGUUGGCAGCACCUUCGACGGCAAGGCUCCCCAGCUGACGCCGUGCCGUUUCACCGGUUCGGAAGUGCGCGUCCGUGACGAUUCGUUGCCACUGGCCCACGUUGCCAUCGCUGUUGAGGGCUGCGGAUGGACCGACCAGGACAAUGUCCCACUGAUGGUUGCCAACACACUCAUCGGUGCCUGGGAUCGCUCGCAGGGCGGCGGUGCCAACAAUGCCUCCAAGCUGGCCGCUGCUGCCGCUCAGGACAACCUCUGCCACAGCUUCCAGUCGUUCAACACCUGCUACAAGGACACCGGUCUGUGGGGUAUCUACUUCGUGUGCGAUCCACUGAAGUGCGAGGACAUGGUCUUCAAUCUGCAAAACGAGUGGAUGCGCCUGUGCACCAUGGUCACCGAUAGCGAGGUCGACCGUGCCAAGAACCUGCUGAAGACCAACAUGCUGCUGCAGCUGGACGGAACCACCCCGAUCUGCGAGGACAUCGGCCGUCAAAUGCUGUGCUACAACCGUCGCAUCCCACUGCACGAACUGGAGAAGAGAAUUGACAACGUCAAUGCCCAGAACGUCCGUGACGUCGCCAUGAAGUACAUCUUCGAUCGUUGUCCGGCGAUAGCUGCCGUUGGACCGAUCGAGAACCUGCCCGACUACAUGCGCAUCCGUUCCUCCAUGUACUGGCUCCGGGUGUAAGGAGGAAGCUGAGGUGAUAUCCCUAAGAAUUGUAUAAGAUUAGCCACUCGGAAGUUUGAGCAGAAGGUAAGCGAAAUUUGUAGAAAACAACUGCCCGGAGGGAAGCGGCACAAUCGCCGGCGGAAAAGGGAAAAGCUGGUUGAGUAUUUCCAAAGGAAUCGAACAGAAUAUUUCAAUAGUGUUGAACUUUUUGCUGUAAACCUAAAAUAAAAAAGGUACCCAAA